AUGGAUUUAAUCUUCUGUUAUUUUGAUUGUUUUUUCACUUUUAUCGUGUCCAUCUUAUGGGUAUUAUCAUGGUUUGAUACUGAAACUGGACCAUUAACACGGUUCAAGCGUCAGGCGGAAAAUGCCGCUGGGGUUGAAGAUGAAUCUCGAACUUUACUCUGUGAUUUUGGCUCAGGUUCAUUGUUAACGGAAUGUUCAUGGACUUACCCUGAAGAUGACCAUCCAAAUGUUCACUGGUCAAAAGGACAGGGUACAACUGCCUAUUGGCUUGGCGGACCUUUGACUGACCACACACUUGGAGAUGCUAAUGGUGGUUAUAUUUACUUUGAAACGUCUUAUAAAAUUAUCGACCGGGUUUUCUCAAGUGCCGCUUUGGAAAGUGAUAAAACCGCUUCGGUCAAGAUUCCAGCUCGAGAUGAUCUAUUUAGAAAUGUUAACUCAACAAAUAGUCAAUUAGGAAUGAGUGGAGUUACUAGUGGAUUACCAGGUAAUUUAGGUCCAGGCGGACUUGUAAAUGGACAAGCUGCAGUUUCGGGCUCAGAUUCAAGGACUUUAAUGGCCUCACAAGGAAGUGGAGGCAGCGGCUCUUCAUUGGGUAGUCGACUAGCUGAUAAGCUAUCGGUCUUCAAACAACCCUUACUCAGGCUAACCUUUGACGAUCCAAUAGUGACCAUUCCCAAUCGAGCUCAUCUUCUUAGUUCAAACAUUACUCGAACUGGACCUGUAGGUCAUUGUAUUGGAUUUUUUUUCAACAUUGAUGGACUUUCAGCGGACAAGUUAAGAUUAGUGGUCAAGGAUACGGAAACUAUGGACAAUCAAACUCUUUGGGAGUCACGAACUCACACUGAUGGAGUCUGGAUCAAAGCAGAAGUUGCAUAUACCUAUGAAACUUAUCAUCAGAUUGUAUUGGAGGGUAUUGCCAAGAGUUCCAGUGAACCUGAACGUGCCUAUCGUGGUUAUAUUGCUGUUGAUGAUAUUCAAAUAUCACCUUUAGAGGAAACGGAAGGAGUUUGUCAUGGACAUUGUACCUUUGAAGGUGGAAUGUGUGGCUGGACGAAUGAGCUAGAGACUGAUGAUUUUGAUUGGAAAUUGGGUCGAGGAUCAGACAAUUUUUUCACUGGACCAGCUCGAGAUUAUUACAGUUUCAGUAAAGAGUAUCCAUUGGGUGGAUUUUUGUACAUUAAUGCUGCUUAUCCACGAAGACCUGGGGACAAAGCGGUACUAAUAUCACCUUCAUUUCCACCCACAGAAAACGGUCCUUUCUGUUUUAAAUUUGCAACUCACAUGUACGGCAAUGGUAUUGGCACUUUACGAGUUAAGUACCGUCCAACAGAAGCACCUAAAGAUGAUAAAGCCUCUGGAGAUAAAGUUCUAUGGGAAAUGUCCGGUGAAUCGGGAAACAAUUGGUACCAAGCUCAAUUACCGAUCGCAUCUUCAGUGGCUUUUAACAUUAUAUUUGAAGGUAUCAUUGGACCAAAUUACCUGGGUAAUAUUGCAAUCGAUAGCAUUUCAAUUGAACAAGGUGUUUGUCCAAUUUCACCUCAAACGGCUGCACGAAAAUCGGGUGAUUGUACAUUCGAGGAAAAUAUGUGCUACUGGACAAAUCCACUUCCUCAUAGUGGGUUAGAUGAUUUUGAUUGGAUUCGGCAAUUUAGUUUCGGUAGUUAUGGACCAAAACAUGACCAUACUAAAAAUGCAAACGGUUACUUUUUGAGUCUAAAUGGUGAUGCUAUUCAACCACAACGUGGAGGUACUUCAGCCUGGAUUGUCAGCCCAGAAUUCGAGACCUCACCUGAUCUUCCCAAGUGUAUGUCCUUUUAUUAUUUUAUGUACCAACGGGUCAUUGAACCUGGUGGACCAAAUCUUGGUGGACUUAGAGUAUACCUUCGGACGGUUGGGGACUAUGGUGAGACGAUAUUAAUACCAAUCUGGAAAUUGAAUAAUCAUCAAUCGUUAAAAUGGAGACGAGCUCAAGUCCCGUUGGGGGUGAAAACUAAAGAAGGUGACGAGGAGAAGGUAAAAUCUCCCAAGAAUGUGUACCAAGUGGUAAUCGAAGGUAUUUGGGGCGACGCAAGGGUUGGAUCGAUUGCUUUGGAUGAUAUAAGCUUUUUCGAUGGUAAUUGUAAAGCGAUUCCGGUGAAUGCUGAAGCUGUUUCAGGCGAAUGUUCAUUCGAUAAGACUCUUUGUGGCUGGAAAAAUGAAACGCGACUUCCAAUUAGUAAACCAGGUCAACUAUUAUCAUCUUCAGCGGCCAAAGAUUCACUUAUUGCUCAUAAAAAUGCAGUUUCCUCAAUAAGGUCAAGUCUUAAUGAUCCAAAAGUACUUCCAGUCUCAUGGAAAUUGGCAACACCCAAUGUACGUCCAGCAAAUCUUCAAGAUCACACCUUUAGAGCACCGGUGGGAUAUGUUUACUUUGACGUUUUCAAUCAGAAUACCUUACAAAGUCCAAGUCUACGAAGUCCAAAGUUUCCAGCGAUAACUGGAGAUGUAACCAAGGCUUGUAUCAGCUUUUGGUUCUCAGGAUUUGGACGAGGUGAAUCAACCACAUUGAACAUUUACCAAAUAAGUGGAGGAGAAACAGCUUCGGACACUGAUAUCGCUGAAACACCCGCAGCAGCAACAGCACCAGCACCAAGUGCAUCGACAACCGGAGAAUCGAGCAAAGAGAAAGAGCCUCGAACUCUUUUAUGGUCAAUUCAAGCUCGAUUUUUAGAAACUCGAAGAUCUCUUUGGUACUAUGGCCAGGUUACAAUCAACGGAGAAACACCUUACCAGAUUCUAGUUGAAGGGGAAGCGGUUGAUGGAGGAUAUGCAAUCGAUGAUGUUACAUUUUACAAUGGUACUUGUCAAACUCGACCAAUUGAAGCCGCUGUUAAACCGAAAGCUGAAGAGUAAAAAACAUUACGAUUAUCAAUCAGUUGAUUGUUUCCAAAUUAAUUUUUAUAAUUCAUUUGACCUGUUUUGAUCUGCAUUGGGCAUUAUAUAUGAAUGGACUGACUGAAUUGAAUGUUUCAUAGACAAAAAAUCAAGAAAGAUGAUCUAUUGAUCAAGCCAACAAAAUGAAAAAGCUAGUUAACAACUAGAGAAGUCAGUCCAUUCAAUUUUCUCAAUUCAAAGAGGAGCCAAAAUUAAACUUGAAUUUAAUUGAUGGAUUGAGUUGAAUUCAAAUAAUAAAAUUUAAUUAUGGUUGAUUAAUUUAAACCAAUCUAACAAUAAUAAUCUUAAUAUUUAGCAAUACUA